GGGGUUAUCAACUAAGUCGUAUUGAAGAACGAUGGCAUUGAAAGUGAUAUAUCAGACACUAGUGGCUCUCCUAGCCGCAUGCUCGGUGGGAGCACUUGACACAGAGGUUGUUGGGUCGUUAUAUAAUAUCAAAUAUCAUUAUGCCCGUAUACCUGAAAAGAUGGCUGAUCAGCUCAGUCGAAAUCACGCUCAGGAUUCAUAUGGGGUAACUUUUGAAAAACUCAAGAUCAGUAAAGAUGGGGAAGAGAAAGAGUAUCUUUGUUCAUUACCUCCUAAUAGAGAAGAGCAUAGUACAGAAGAGCUACUAGAAGGAUCUGGCAAUGAAACUUCGAGUGAUUCCAGAGAGAUGAACGAUAAGCUACUAAGUGAUGCAAUAAAGGAAAUCGAAAAGUCUUUCCCCAAAAACCAAUGUGUAUUUGCGUACGACUUGAAUGCUGGGUAUUGGACUUAUGCUUAUUGUUAUGGUGAUAAGAUCAUACAGUAUCAUGAAAGCGCCCCAGUUUAUUCAAGAUCUAAGGCCCAUAAAGCCGCUUUCCCUGAUUAUGUAUAUACUUUGGGAAGACACGCAAACCAUUCUAUGGAAGAGGUGAAGAUUGAAAACCAGGGUAAGGAUCUCCCAUAUCUUAUGAAUCCCGAUGACUUUAAAAUCGAAGACUACGACGAGAGUCCAUUUCUUGCAAACGUUGUUCAACCAAGAACUCAUAAUAAGCAAAAGAUCAUAAAGCACAGAAUUGGGAAUGGUGCAACGUGUGAUUUGACAAAUGAGCCCAGAACAAUUGAUGUUGUAUAUAAAUGUGAUCCUAAUAAUAAUCGAGGCAAGCCAGAGAUCUCGGCAGUUAAUGAAGUUAAGACAUGUCAAUACGAAAUGAUCAUCAAUACCCCAAGACUUUGUUUGAUGGACGAAUUUGUUCCCCAUAACAUUGUCGAGGAUAAAAUAGUUGAUGUUGAUUGCAAGCUUAUAUCUCGGGAUUUAACUCCCAAAGAUGAUUCCUUUGAUUUUUAUCAAUACCUGGAAGAAACCCCUUCAGACAGAUUCCCAGUCCCCAAGGACUAUAAGAUUACUUUAACCGACUUCAAUCUUGGCUCAAUCGGGAAUGGUUUUUACUUUGGUCUGAUAAAAGAAAACCCUAAUACUGAUAACUUAUAUUUCAAUUUCCGUCACGUCAUUGUCUAUAAUGGGUUUUGUGAAUCUCUUCACGAUCUUUUGAAAAAAGUAGGCUCUACAAUUGGGAACCGUCUUGACGUAAUUCUUGCUCCUGUCUUCCAUGAUGACAAACAAAGACCUUUGGCAUGGAAUGAUACAUUCUCCAUAUGGUUCGAGCUCUACGAUUUCAACGGUGACUUCAUCACCUUGGCUAGACUAGAAAGAGACGGUACUUCGGAAACUCAGUUUUUGUCGGUGACUUUGAUUGACCACGAAACAAUGUUAGACCAAGAUGGUGACCCGGUUGAAUUUGACCUUUCCAAUUUCCAAGCCCCAAACGAUGCCUGGAAUUUCGAGUUCUACCAGGAAGGUGAACGGACCCAAGAGACUACACCCGUGGACCAAUUAACCAAUAUUGUAGAACAAUUAAUAGUCGAGCCCGAAGUCGUUGUUGAAACAGUCACAGUGACAGAAACAGUCAAUCCCAACAACCUACAAGCUACCCAGAACGCGGAAGACGAAGUGGUCCUUGAAUUCGAACAUGACGAACUAUAAGUAUAUACUUGUAUAUAUAGAGAUGAAUAGAUAUAUCAAG